AUGGUUGUCAGGACUGAUCUUGCACUCUUCCUAAUUCUGGCCCAAACUACCCUCUUCGGAUCCUGCUACCUAGCAAGUCGUCGUUGUCUUGGUGGCAGCUACAAGACUUUGGCCUUUACUUCUGGCGUCCUCUUCAGCACCGGCGCAUUCGUCUUGUUCCCCCACGCUCGGCAUCCGCACACACAUCUGGAAUACGUCCAAGAAGCAAAAGGAGAGACUUCAAGACAACAACUCGAUCCGUCCUUACAACUCGCUCCAUCCUUACAACACAACACGUAUGAGACAGAUGAUGGUCGUUUGGGUCUGAACGGAAAGACUUACGGAAUUGAUACCAAAGAGAUGCAUGACAUCGACCGGAUUGAUAGCAACCAGGUGGAUAACCGGACAAUGGCGGCGGCAAAUCGUUCGCAGAAUCGCUUACCAUUGGGGGGGAUACCGGAUGAGGCGCUUGAGAGACAACCGGUACAGAUGCGGGGAAUAAGUGUAGGGCCUCCUAUGCCUUUGCUGUAUGAUCCGAACGGGUCCCCGGUGAUAUACGAUCGUCGUCGUUUGUUGUAUGCGGAGAUUGAGCACCAAAGUUAUGAGGCUUGGCCGGUAGUGGGAGUCUUGGUAGGUUGGUUGAUAACUAACUGGCUGAGUCAACUGGCCGGUUCGAGUGAAACAGGCAAGAUGUGUCUGCAGAGUGCUCGCGACACUACCUUGUUGUUCGCCCCGAGUAACGGUGUCCGUGGGGCGAUUGCGCUUACGCUCGUUGCCCAGAGCUUCGUACAUGGGCGUCGGGCGGCGGCCGCGGCCCAGUGCUCGGAUUCGAACGACAUAGGAUACCGCCAGGUGCCUUACAAGGAUUUCGGUUACAGCCGAACGGGCUGCUAUGUACAGUGCCUUCUGUUAUGCCUCAGCUCCGUGCUUUCAUUCACGCUCUCUUCGGCGAUGGCGACAUACUUCGAAAAAAGCUCCGAACCGAACAGCCCCGGGUUCGAUUCCCUAGCUCUGCACUCCACUCUUCCCGCCCAGCCGAGCUUCACAUGCAAAUGUGUCUACACGCUUUGGACCGGCAUGCUGCUGUCGGACGGCGUCAAAGACCUUCUGGGCAGCGCUCUGAAAACUGACCCACACGCAACAAGGUUCUGUUUCCUCGGCAUGCUCGCCGUUGCACUGGUCACAUGCCUAUGA